GAACUGUGAAGUCGCUGCAUAUAAAUACCCAAACAAACAAGUCCUCCCACCAUGUUCUAAAUCUCACAAGCUCUCCCUCGUUUCCUUUCCUUCUGGAUUUCUCCUCUUUCCUUCUGGAUUUCUCCCUUCUUUCUCUUUCUCUGUUUCUCCGUAACGACGAGAAAAAAACAAGAGAUAAAAUAAAAAAAAGAAAGAAGAGCUUCUGCUUGAACUAGCCAUGGCUAAGGACUUACAAGUUCUUAAUGCUCUUGAUGUGGCUAAAACACAAUGGUACCAUUUCACUGCAAUUAUCAUUGCUGGAAUGGGCUUUUUCACAGAUGCUUAUGAUCUCUUCUGCAUCUCUCUCGUCACGAAACUGCUCGGCCGCAUAUACUACCAUGUUGAUGGUGCAGAGAAGCCUGGAACUUUGCCUCCUAAUGUAUCAGCUGCUGUUAAUGGUGUAGCAUUUUGUGGAACUCUUGCGGGGCAACUCUUUUUCGGUUGGCUCGGUGACAAGAUGGGGCGAAAAAAAGUCUAUGGCAUGACUCUUAUGCUCAUGGUGAUAUGCUCAGUUGCCUCAGGUCUCUCUUUUGGUCACAAUGCUAAAGCUGUGAUGUCAACUCUUUGCUUCUUUCGGUUCUGGCUUGGUUUUGGCAUUGGUGGCGACUACCCACUUUCCGCGACGAUCAUGUCUGAAUAUGCUAACAAGAAGACUCGAGGAGCCUUCAUUGCUGCUGUAUUUGCUAUGCAAGGUUUUGGAAUUUUAGCAGGAGGUAUAUUUGCCAUAAUUAUAUCAUCUGCAUUUCGGGACAGGUUUAGUGCUCCAGCUUAUGAAGUUGAUGCACUUGCCUCAACCGUCCCACAGGCAGACUUCGUCUGGCGAAUAAUUCUAAUGGUUGGUGCACUUCCUGCUGCUCUUACAUAUUAUUGGAGGAUGAAGAUGCCUGAAACUGCUCGUUACACAGCCCUCGUCGCCAAGAACGCGAAACAGGCUGCUUCUGAUAUGUCCAAAGUUCUGCAAGUUGAUAUUGAAGCUGAGGAGCAAAAGGUUCAGCAGCUAGCUCAGGAUGAAACCAACUCAUUUGGUUUGUUAUCUAAAGAAUUUCUUCGUCGCCAUGGACUUCACUUGCUUGGAACAACCACCACUUGGUUCUUGCUUGACAUUGCAUUCUACAGCCAAAAUCUAUUCCAAAAAGAUAUCUUUAGCGCAAUUGGGUGGAUUCCUCCUGCCAAGACUAUGAAUGCUCUUGAGGAAGUUUACAAAAUUGCAAGAGCACAAACGCUUAUUGCAUUGUGCAGUACAGUUCCAGGUUACUGGUUCACAGUGGCUUUCAUUGACAGAAUGGGAAGAUUUGCCAUCCAAUUGAUGGGAUUCUUCUUCAUGACAGUAUUCAUGUUUGCAUUAGCAAUUCCUUACAAUCACUGGACACAUAAAGAAAACCGAAUCGGAUUCGUGGCGAUGUACUCAUUAACCUUCUUUUUUGCAAACUUUGGACCUAAUGCCACCACAUUCGUCGUGCCAGCCGAGAUUUUCCCGGCAAGGUUAAGGUCUACUUGCCAUGGCAUAUCUGCUGCGUCUGGAAAGCUUGGUGCUAUAGUUGGUGCAUUUGGGUUCUUGUACUUGGCUCAGAACAAGGACAAGGCCAAGGCUGAUGCAGGGUACCCUGCAGGCAUUGGCGUGAGAAAUUCACUCCUUGUGUUGGGUGUAAUAAAUUUCUUAGGAAUGAUAUUUACUUUCUUAGUCCCUGAAUCGAAGGGAAAAUCAUUGGAAGAGUUGUCUGGUGAGAACGAGGAAGAUGAUCAACCUGAAGAGCAGAGUUCUUAUAAUGACAGGACAGUUCCAGUUUAGAAGCCAAAUUCUGUCGGAAUAAUCCUCUACAGGGCUUCUUGAUUUUUCUUAUGUAGUAGCAGUUUCUUCCCAACUCUUUCCUUAAAUUGUAUCUAGUGUAGUAAUUUUCUGGUGGAAUUGUUGUAAGUGUUAUUCACCGUGGCUUGUUCAUCAUUUGGUGCAAUGUGCAAGUUCACAAUCUUGUGUUCAUUUUUCAAAUGAAUAGAGAAUCUUUUGCAAGUUAA